AUGCAAAUUGCUGAAGUUGUUGCACCUGGUGUUUUCACACCAGCGCACUUUGGGCCGCCGGCGCGGAGCCACAGAAGCGGUUGUGGAACCGCAGAAGCAGAAAUAGAAAGGAGGUCUGGGAUCGCAGAAAUGACUAACGGAGAGGAACAAAUUAAUCAUGCUAUGAUUGUUACUGCUAACACAGUUUCAGGGAUGCCAGGUCCUAUCCGUCCUACUGCACUUGCAAUGGCUAUGCCACCAGCGGAAAAGCCGGGGAAAUUUUCUGGUGUUGACUUUAAGAGAUGGCAGCAAAGGAUGUUCUUUUAUCUGACCACUUUAAGUCUGCAAAGGUUCAUUCAAGAGGAUUUUCUAGUCGUGCCUGAAGGAACCCUUGACAAUGAGCGCUUCCUUGUUACUGAGGCUUGGAAGCACUCUGAUUUCCUAUGCAAAAAUUACAUUUUAAGUGGACUAGAAGAUGGCCUGUACAACGUUUGUAGCGUCAUGAAAACAUCAAGAGAAUUAUGGAAUGCUCUUGAAAAGAAGUACAAGACUGAAGAUGCUGGACUAAAGAAGUUUGUGGCCGCCAAAUUUCUGGAUUUCAAAAUGAUUGACGAUAAAUCUGUCAUAGCGCAAGUCAAAGAAUUGCAAGUUAUUGUUCAUGACAUCCUUACUGAAGGUAUGGUCAUAAAUGAAGCGUUUCAAGUUGCGGCAUUUAUUAAAAAGUUGCCUCCGCUGUGGAAGGACUUUAAGAAUUACUUGAAACAUAAGCGCAAGGAGAUGACGCUUGAAGACCUUAUUGUUCGUCUACGGAUUGAAGAGGACAACAAGGCUGCUAAGAAGAAAUCUCGUGGAAGUUCAACAAUAAUGGGUGCAAAUAUUGUUGAGGAAGCUUCAACGAGUAAAAAGAGAAAGAAGCUGUCUGGAUCAAAGAAUUAUCCAAGCAAGAAGAGGUUUAAAGGUAAUUGCCACAACUGUGGAAAGGUUGGACACAAGGCUACUGAACGUCAUGCACCAAAGAAGGACAAAAAGAAAAGUCAAGCAAAUAUGAUUGAGAAGAAUGAUGAAAUAGACGACCUAUGUGCCAUGUUUUCAGAAUGCAACUUAGUCGGAAAUCCUAGAGAAUGA